AUGGCCGACAACGCGGCGGCUGUCCCUGCUGCCGAAGGGGCAAAUGUUCGUUUUCUCCAAUUUUCCUGUUCAAAACUUUCAUUUUUAGGCAAAUGGUGGAUGGUUCGGAACUAUCAAAUCAAUGUUAUCAAGAAUUCUUUUUAUUUAUUUCAUAUCUUCGAUGAUGAAGGUACAGCUUCCACGGAUCGAAAAAGAAAAAUAAUUUAAUUCCAGGGAUUUUCCGGUCCUCAAGCGCCAGCAAACUCCACUUCAGCUCCUCAUGUGAAAGGCAAUCCAGCCCCAAAUCUUUUUCGUCCUGGACAACUUUUUGAUUUGUAUAUCUUUUUGGAUGACUCGGUUUGUCGAUUUUCUAGGUGCAAUUUUAAUGGUUCUCAAUUCAGAGCGACCGUUUCUCAAACUUCAACGUUCUUCCUUUGUGGGUUCACGAAGGCAUUGAAUACGGAAAUUGGAACGACGGGCCCAAUCAGGUAUAGAAAAGCAACAGUUUUUUAGUGACCUGGAAGUUGGUUUCAGGAUGGAAGUUACGUGUUCAGCAGGAAGUUCCCUACUCCGCCAGCUCUUCUACGGAAUCAAUCUGUCUUUUUGCACACUUUCAUCGUGAAAAGCGGCCAAUCGCCAAAUCCCACUGACAAGAACUACGUGAAACGCGAGGUUUUACUUGUUUCCUUCUAAUCAAAGUUAGGGGAGAUUUUCGCAAAACAUACGAAUUCUUCGCAGGUUUUUGAUUGCAGCUUUGUAACAAAAAGCAUAAAAAAGAUUGGAUUAUAUGUUUAUUCAGGCAUAUUUCUAUUGGUUUUUUGAGAUAAAAAUUGGUUAUUGUUGUUUGAUGAGUUUUCAUCAAACCAGUUCCAAUAAUAUCAGGCAUUCUUCGAAGACAAACAAAAGAUUCAGAAGGAUGACUUUCUUAAAAAGUAUUACAAAUUCAAAGCUAUGGAUCCGAUUAUUUUUUUAUGUUUAAAUUUCUCUAAUCAAUUUCAAACUAUUUGUUCCAGGUUGUUUACGGAGUCCGCCAGCUCAACAAGUACAAGAAAAAGUACUACAAAAAGACGUCAAAUCUUCUCACAGGGCUUAGCGAGCAGAGUAAGGAAGAUUUGGAAAAGGCUGAAGUUAUGAAAUAUGAGGUUUGGUUCACAAAAACUUUUUUAUAAAAUAAAUUGUUAAGGUUCUGAACUUUUGGCAUCCUAACAUCAGUGUCAGUUUGGUCGACGACCAAACAAACUGGCAACCAGGUGAAUUUUCAUUCGUGUUGGAAAAUUAUUUCUACUUUUUAUCCAGGAAGCCUUCCUGCUCCUCUGAGCGCCGAUGUGAAGUUCAGUCCCGUGGGAGAUUUCUACCUGCCGAUUCUCUUUUUCAAUACUUACUGGAACCUUGGAUCCGAGUACAUGCCCGUGAACGAAACUGUGAAGGUAAAUUUGAAAUCUUUAAGCUUUUUGAACAUGGCUUUUCUGGAAGACGCCAUGAUUCUUAUAUUGCAACAGUUUCCUUUAUCGGAAGUUAUACGUUGAAGGAAUUUUUCAUUAGUUUGGAUUUUCGAACCGAAACACUGGUUUCACAGAUCAGGGUUGAUCACAGAGAGUUGCAAGAAUGACGCAAUGAUCUCGUAAUUCCAAUUAUUGUUUUCAGGAGCUCAACCUCACUGUCACCUAUCAGCCACUGUCUCUUUUCAAGUACCAGCUCUAUUCCAGUCAACAAGUGCGUGCCGUUUUCUUAUAUUGAAGAACGCGGGUGAAAAAAAAACGGCGUGAUCUUUAAAUAAAACAGUGAAAACUGACAGCGGCGAGCCACCGCGUAACGGUCGCGUUGCUGCAAACGUCUAGCAGCAGUAUCCAAAUUUGAAAAUUUGAAAAUACUGGAAGGGAAAGAAAAUAAUCGAUUCAAAAUAAAAGAUUAGAGUUUUUCAUAAAGACAUUUGGUUUCUCCUCUAGAAUCUAUCAUCAUAUUUGUGCAGUGAGGCAAAUUACAAUUAAUGUAACAAAAUGUCACGCCUCGCAACACCAGGAGUUUCUCAUAUAGGCAAAAAUUUUGUUUCAUCAAAAACAAAGGUCAAAUUCCUUGAGCAAAAAAGGCAAUUUCGAAAAUCAAAACAAUUUCACGAGCAUAUUCCAGGUGAAAUCCCAGUGGAGCAGUGUUCUGGCGGUCGACCAAGAUGACGACGAUCAGGACUCAGUCAAACAAGCGCUUCUCGAAACGAAUCCGAUUUUACUCGGUAAAUGACAUCUUCCUUCAUUUUUUUACGAAUAUUUUUCUAGGUGUGACCGUUGUCGUUUCUAUCUUACACACGGUUCUUGAGUUCUUGGCCUUCAAAAACGACAUUCAGUUCUGGCGGUCUCGAAAAGAUCUCGUCGGUCUUUCUGUCCGAUCCGUUUUGUUCAACAUUUUCCAGGUUAAUGGAAGAUAUUUCGAAAAAAAACUCAAUUUAUAUGUUUUAGUCUCUGAUUGUUUUCCUCUACAUUUGCGACAAUGACACCAACUUUGUCGUGAAAGUGAGCGUUGGAAUCGGUUUGCUCAUUGAGUGCUGGAAGAUUCCGAAGGUUCUUGACGUCCAGGUAACACUUAUAAAAAUAAAACAAUUAACAAACUUGAGACUUUUCCAGGUUGAUUGGGCUAAUCCUAUUCUCGGAGUCUUGCCUCGAGUCAAGUUCAGCGACAAGGGAUCCUACGUAGAGAGUGACACCAAAGUUUAUGAUCAGGUUCGAAUAUUGUCAAAAAGUGUCCAAAUUUUUAUUAACAUUUGCUAUUUUAGAUGGCGUUCAAGUACCUUUCUUGGGUUUUGUUCCCUCUGCUUGUCGGAUACGCGAUCUACUCCAUUCUAUACGUCGAGCAGAAAGGAUGGUAUUCCUGGGUACUGAAUAUGCUCUACGGAUAUCUUCUCAUGUUCGGCUUCAUUACUAUGACUCCCCAGGUUUUUUUGCGAUAGACACAUUCACCAAUGAUAGAAAAAACCUUUGAAAGACUGAAAAUAUGACACGAACAGUUUGUUUUAAACUCGGUAAAUACGUCAAAAGCUCCGGUUUAUACAACUGACUUUCAUUCAACAAUAAAAAUAUCGACUUUAAAGCUCAAUGCAAAACCAGAAAAAUUUUUCUGUGAAAAAGUUGUGCAGGUUGUAGCUUCCGAACUUUCAUACAGUACAUAAAAAGUAAAUUUCCAUCUUCCUUUCAUUGAGGAAAAAUAACUAAAUAUGUUUUGCAGCUCUUCAUCAACUACAAGCUCAAGUCCGUGGCUCACUUGCCCUGGAGAAUGCUUACCUACAAAUUCGUCAACACUUUCAUCGACGAUCUUUUUGCGUUUGUCAUCCGCAUGCCUAUCAUGUACCGCAUCGGAUGCUUCCGCGACGACAUCAUUUUCUUGGUUUGUUGGAGACAUUUCCGUCCUUCUAACAGAUUCGAAAUUUAGAUUUACCUCUACCAACGCUAUAUCUACCGCGUUGACCCCACCAGAAUGAACGAGUUCGGAACUUCGCUUGAAAAUGCGACGGGUGAACAGCCAGCCAUCGAGGAGGAGACAAAGAAAGAAAAGUGA